ACAGUCAAGAUGUCGUACCGAGACCUCAGAAAUUUUACAGAGAUGAUGCGGGCGUUGGGCUAUCCACGUCUGAUAUCAAUGGAGAACUUCAGAACUCCAAAUUUCCCUCUAGUGGCAGAAGUCCUCAUUUGGCUCGUCAAAAGGUACGAUCCGAAUGCUGAUAUACCAAUCGACACGGAUACAGAGCAAGACCGAGUUAUUUUCAUAAAAUCUGUGGCCCAGUUUAUGGCAACCAAAGCCCACAUCAAGCUUAACACCAAGAAGCUGUACCAAGCUGACGGUUACGCUGUCAAGGAGCUUCUCAAGGUGACAUCGGUUCUCUACGGAGCGAUGAGGACCAAGGUUGGAGACGGUGAAGAAGAUGGUGAAAAUGGAGGUUCAUCUUUAUCAUUCGACAUCUCAUCAAAGGUGUCCGACUUGAAAGCAUCUCGGCUCCUAGCAUCUCAGAUUACUACUAAAGGAGCCAGUCUGUAUGAUCUACUUGGGAAAGAGGUUGAGCUGAGGGAGGUUAGAACAGCGGCAAUUAACAAACCACUGGAGAUCAACGAGAUUGAGAAAGGCCUUCGUGGAAGCAUCAAAGGUGUUGAGGUGUCAAUUAAAAAGACCCAGCAGAUGUUGGAGAACGUGGCAUCGGACGAAGCCAACCUGGAGGCUAAGAUUGAGAAGAAGAAAGCCGAGCUGGAGAGGAACCAGAAACGUCUUCAGACUCUUCAGUCUGUCAGGCCUGCUUUCAUGGACGAGUACGAAAAGCUUGAAGUGGAUUUAGAGAAGCAGUACGAGACGUACCUUGAGCGAUUCCGCAACCUCACCUACCUUGAGCAACAACUGGAAGAAUUCAGCAGAGCAGAGCAAGAUAGAUUCGAGGAGACAGAGACAACCAUGAAGAGGAUGCAGAACAGACUGAAGGAGGAGGACGCCCGCAUCAGAGUAUCCGAUGAGAUCCUAGGAGGAGACGAGAUACCUGGGCUGGAUGUUGUCGAUGAUGACGAUGACGAUGACGAUGAUGAUGAUGUCAGUGAUAGCGGGAGUGAGGAGGCUAAGGUCCGAGCUCCACCACCGAGAAGGGAACGACCCAAACCAGGGGGCUCAAGGAAUAAUAAUUCCAAAGUGUUUGGUAACAUGGGAGGCGGAGACAGCGAUGAGGAGGACUCGAACGAUUCCAUUAACGAUGACAGCAUCAGCGUUGAUGAUGACGAUCUCCUUGAUGAUGACGACGGUGACAGCGACGACUUGGAGGUCGAAGGUCCCACAACGAGGAAAGGUCGCAGGCAGGAAGAACCAGACGACAGCGACAACGACUUCUAGGUUUUGGGUCGCCAUGGAAACUGUAAGAGUGCUGUUUUAUUGAUGUUUGUUUACCUUGCUAAAAUAACUUGUCCAGCGACAGGUGUGUAACAGAUGCACAACAUGAAACCAAUUCAUCCAUUUCCAUAAGUUGGUUGACAUCUUUUAUGGAGUGUUGUUGUGUUGUUGUUGUGUUACCCUCGUGUAUAUAGCUGGAUGGGACGCUUAUAAGCACUGGACACUAUUAGUAAUUACUCAAAAUAAUUGUAAACAUAAAAACUAACUUGGUAACAAGCAAUGGCGA